UGUCUGUGUUUUAGGGUGCUGAUGGGCUCAGAGGACUGAAGGGCAGUAAAGGAGAGAAGGGUGAAGAUGGUUUUCCAGGAGCCAAAGGAGAAAUGGGAGCUAAAGGAGACAUUGGAGACUUGGGUGCUUCAGGGAUGCGGGGUGAGGAUGGUCCUGAGGGGCCCAAAGGGCAGAGUGGUCCCUUGGGUGAACCUGGAUCCUCAGGCAUCGCUGGAGAAAAGGGAAAGCUGGGUGUUCCAGGUUUGCCAGGUUACCCAGGCCGUCAGGGCCUAAAGGGUGCUGAUGGUUUUCCAGGUCCUGUCGGCGUUCCAGGAGAAAAGGGGAAGAAGGGUCCACCGGGUCCUGCAGGGGCCGCCGGUCAGAGGGGACCCAAUGGUGCUCGAGGAGGCAGGGGUGCAAAAGGACCCACUGGGAAAUCAGGAGACAAGGGGUCUUCAGGACAUGACGGCCCCCCAGGGCCCACAGGAGAGAGAGGUCCACAAGGGCCUCAGGGACGUGUAGGUGAGGUGGGACCCAAGGGACCCAAUGGGCCUGCUGGGAAGGACGGCCUGCCGGGUCAUCCAGGCCAGUGA